AUGCGACUACUGAGAAGCCAGCCUGUAGUUCAUUCUCUUGUUUCUCCGUCAGAAUGGGGACCCAGGUUAAAGAUGUGGCCAUUAAGUCUGAUGCUCCAUACACCCUCCUCCUGGACAAACAUGCUGACUAUAUUGCAGCCUAUGGUUCCAAAAAGGAUGAUUAUGAGUACACACUGUCGGAGUACUUGAGGAUGAGUGGUAUUUACUGGGGCCUUACAGUAAUGGAACUGAUGGGUCAGCUCUCUCGAAUGAACCGUGAGGAGAUCAUAGAGUUCAUCAAGUCCUGCCAGCAUGACUGCGGAGGCAUCAGUGCCAGCACUGGCCACGACCCACAUCUCCUCUACACCCUCAGCGCUGUACAGAUCCUGUCCUUGUAUGAUGGCAUCAGUGACAUUGAUGUGAACAAAGUGGUGGACUACGUCAAAGGACUGCAGCAGGAGGACGGCUCAUUCGCCGGUGACAAAUGGGGAGAAAUAGAUACACGCUUUUCCUUUUGUGCGGUUGCGACAUUGGCACUUCUGGGCAAGUUGGAUGCAAUCAACGUAGAUAAAGCAGUGGAAUUUGUACUCUCCUGCAUGAACUUUGAUGGGGGAUUUGGUUGCAGGCCUGGUUCAGAGUCUCACGCUGGUCAGAUUUACUGCUGUACAGGUUUCCUGUCCAUCACUGGGCAGCUCCAUAAGGUCAAUGCCGAUCUGUUAGGCUGGUGGCUCUGUGAAAGACAGUUGCCAUCAGGAGGCCUGAAUGGGAGACCAGAGAAGCUACCUGAUGUCUGCUAUUCCUGGUGGGUUCUUGCCUCUUUGAAGAUCAUUGGCAGAAUUCACUGGAUCGACAAAUCAAAACUACGUACUUUUAUUCUUGCCUGCCAGGAUGAAGAGACUGGCGGCUUCGCUGAUAGGCCUGGAGACAUGGUGGAUCCUUUCCACACUCUGUUUGGUGUAGCUGGGCUGUCUUUGCUGGGAGAUGAGCAGAUCAAACCAGUGAACCCUGUGUUUUGCAUGCCUGAGGAUGUGCUUCAGAGGAUUGGCUUCCAACCAGACUUGCUGAGCUGAGUUUAAAUAUUCAGCACAGCCAUCUUCCUCCCCUCCUUUCCCUGUGCAGCCGGCCCUGUUCUGAAACAGUUCAGGAAACCAGCAAACCGUAGAAAGCACUGCAUAUUGCUGUCAUCUUCAACCAAUGAGAGGAGCACGAUUCAGAGGGAUCAAGGACUUUAGAAACCUCUAAAACCAUCUAAAGAGACUUACUGUGUACUUUUGCUUUGUGAAUUGUUCUCAUUUUGGAUGUACAGUAUGUGCGCGCCGGCCCUUAAGAGCUUUUUUCUGGAUGUGCUCUUUGUUUUUUUUAAAGAUGCUGGUCAGAUCAGGACUUCACAGCUUUCACUUUAUAUGUUUAAACUUGUUAAUUUAUGUAACUAAUUCAGGAGGUCACUUUCUUGGUUUUAACCAAUGGAGUGAUUCAUAUAUGAGGGGAGAGAUGUCUUGUCUGUAAUAGCCUUUUCAAAAUGGGUAUGCAAGAAACAGUCCAUUAUAUGCUGAAAAGGGGCAUCUAGUGCAUUUAAAUAGGUUACAUCACACUUCGAGCAGCAUAAACUUUUCAUGCAUUAGAGUAGUUUUAUUAGCUAAUUGUUUUAUUGUAGUUUAGAAUAAAUGUAAUGUUAAUAUCCUAAAACUCUUUUCACUAAUGCAGUUUAGAUAUUUUUAACUUCUAAAGAUUUUACACAAUCUAAAGAGCCCUGUCAUUGAGGUUGUUUUUAAAAAUAAGUUAUAUAAAAUAUGAAUAUAAGGAGUUAGAACAAGUUCUUGUGGAUAAAUUAUUGUCAGGUGUGACUAAAAUAAUCUGUUGGUGUUCUCCCCAAGCAAUCAAAUACUCAUCAACACAAGUGCUUCUGAAACCGAUUUUGAAGAAACUUUGAUGGCCUGCUGUUAUUUGCUGUUAUUCACUAGUGCUUACUUGCAUUUAUAAAUGUUGAUAUCAUAUAUAAAAUCAUUACAUUGAAAUGCUUACCAGUUUUUCAUUCAAUCAAGAAGUCUGAGGUUCUCAAUAAAUCUCUAAGGAUGUAUUCACUGAUAUCCAACUCAAAAUGGGCUUUAAGCGUUUGGGAACAUGGUGAAGAGGCAAUCAAUUGAGAGUUUUUGAACAUCAGGAGAGCGACAAUCUUCAGACCGCUGACAGAGUUACAGAAAUAAACAAGAGGGUUGUUAGGUCAUGGUGAAACCCCACUGGCUCUCAUUAGGAUCUGUUCAGAGUGGGAUAUGUGCCACAGCCUUGUCACUUGAGUCUCCUGGCACUUGUUAUUUUGUUGUUCGACACCCCCUCCCUCCCCCCAACACACACAAAACCAACUACAGCCUCUUUUAGCUUUUAGAAAGACAGUAUGACCACAUUUAUGGUUCAGGAAGAUUACAAUACCACACGAAGAUUAUAAAGCAUUCAUGUUUUAUUUAUUUUUUGGGCAAAAACUGUUUAUUUGUUUAACUUGGCUGCAACUGUUCUACAUUUUUCAAAUCACUUUUUAAAAAGUUUGGAACUCUGAAACUCAAAAAUUGCACAUUCUUUUCUAUAUAACAUGUUCAAAGUGCAGCAGACAAGAUUAUAUCUGUUUUGUACUUCACAGGUGAAAUUUAAAGGUAUAGUUCACCCCUAUAUUUCAAAGCAUAAAAAGAAUCCAUAUGAUUCCAGUGGUUAAAUCAGUGUCUUUAGAAGCGAUAUGUUAGGUAUGGGUGAGAAAUGGAUAAAUAUUUAAGUCCUUUUUUUCUAAAAAUUCCACUUUUACUAUCACUUUCAUAUUCGCAACCUACUGGGCAGGGAGGAGAAAUUACUGUAAAAAAGGAUUUAAAUAUUGAUAUGUUCCUCAACCACACCUAUUAUAUCACUUAAGAGGACAUGUAUUAGACCACUGGAGUCUUAUGGAUUACCUUUAUGCUGUCUUUAUGUGCUUUUUGGAGUUUAAAAGGUCUGGCCAACAUUCACUUGCAUUGUAUGAACCUACAGAGCUGAAAUCUUGGUUUGUGAAUCUUUGUUUGUGUUCUGCAGAAGAAAGAAAGUCAUACACAUCUGAGAUGGCAUGAGGGUGAGUAAAUUAUGAGAGAAUUUCAUUUCUGGGUGAACUAUCUUUGUAGAAUUCACAGUUGCA